UCACGCGACUGAAUGUUAAAGUUGGCUGCCAAUGUUUCCUACAGACAACCGGAUAUGGCGCUAGCAGCUAACGGAAGUGCUGUCAGCGCUGGGGUCCUCGACUCAAACCAAUAUGAGCAGUUUUAUCUGCAGGCCAGAUUCAUCACUGGAGUAGUCGUCUAUCCCAUAAUAUGUCUGAUCGGAUUGGUGGGAAAUUCCCUAAGUAUCAUAGUGAUGUCACAAAAACAAAUGACGUCAUCAACUAAUGUGUACCUGAUGUCGUUAGCUAUAUCAGAUUGUGUGAAACUCAUCAGUGAUUUUGUGUACUUUAUGGUGAUAUUAUUACUAGAAAUAGACCCGCCGACUGGUAACAAGGCUUACGGCUUCCUGUAUCCCUACGCACACUAUAUAUUUAAUGCUUCGCUGUGUAUAUCGGCAUGGUUAACUGUGUCUGUAGCUAUCGAGAGAUACAUUUACGUGUGUCAUCCGACAAGAGUGAAAGUAUAUUGUACAAUACGUCACGCUAGAACGGUUUCCAUGACAGUGUUUAUAUUGAUGAGUAUUUUAGCCAUUCCGUACGCUAUGCGAUAUAAAACCAUAGAAAAUUCUAGUAACUCUACCCAUUACAAAACAUAUGACUUAAGAGUCACGGAACUGUGGAGCAACGAAUCAUUUUCCAAGAUAUAUACAUGGAUUCAAAACUUUCUUCGCUCGAUUAUCCCCCUUUGUUUGUUGAUCAUACUGAACACGUGCAUUAUAUACGGUAUACGCAGGUGCCGAGUCGGACGAUCGAAGACUUCACGUAGACAUCGUAUAACCUUUAUGCUUAUCAUUGUGAUACUAGUGUUUUUAAUCUGUAUAACGCCCGACGCCAUCAUGUCGACGUUUUUAGGCCUAGGAUAUUACGAAGAAGACUUUCUGCAACGUGGAAUUCGAGAAAUAACUGAUUUACUUCUAUUAGUGAACUCGGCCUCUAAUUUUAUAAUCUAUUGUAUAUUUAACACGAUUUUCUGGCGAAAUUUUGUGAAUUUAUUCUGCAAACCCUGUUAUAGGAUUAAUAUACAUUUUGAAGAAUCUCAAAUAAGACGACUGUCGUUAGUGGGACGCCCGAAGGCAUCCAUUCACGUUAAGCUCGGACACCGGAAGAGCAUUUGUGGUGAUGGUUUGUUAUCGGAGGUUUGACGGUUACCUAAGACAUGGACAUUAUAACUGGGGCUCACAUCGAGAUUUUCUCCACGCCGGAAGGGAGCCAAGGUGUCUCGGAUGAGCAAGACGUCGCUUCGCUAAACUGGAGGUCCCGUGUUCGAUGUCGGUUUUGGCCCAUCGACGGUUACCAUUUUCUCUACACCAGCUUAGUCUGUGGGCGAAGCAUUUACAGUUUCGGGGAUCCGCGGUGAAUAAGGUGCUGACUCGCAACAUUGGAGUUCCCGGGUUGCCGAGAGAAAUCCGCCAGAAAGGAAUGGCGUCUAAACGUUGGGACGUCGACGAACCAACCGAGAUCCAGUGUACGCCGUGACGACCGAGACUAAGAAUCAUUGAGAGCGGGAAUUCACUUGCUGUCCGUGCACAAUGUCUCCUACAGCACACUACAUGGCGUAUGUCCAUCCUCAUAUUCAAGGACACAGCAGAACAGUAGGACGUCAAUCUUCAUUGUCUACAUCGGCAUAUUCAGUGGUCGAAGACUUUAGAGUUGUUUAAAUCCAAAAGGAGCAAAGCCGCCGGGGUCGUCAUUUGAAACUAAAAUAUUGUGAAAACUGAAUGUUAUUAAGAUAUGAAUCGAAACUUUUGCAACAUUUGGCAUCAGUAGACAGUAGCGGACUUAGGGAAUAUUGUGGGAUAUUUGGGUUUGGUAGCGGACUUAAGAAAUAUUAUGUGCAGUUUAUGUACCGUGAGAUGUUCUUGUUUUGUUUUCUUAAUUAAAUGUUAAGCAUUUUAACUUGUGGUGAACAAUUACAUAUUGUCUUAAACGAAUGUACGAUCGGGACCAGCCACUUCAUCUGGCGGACUUUUAUCAGCCACUUUAACUGGCGGACUUUUAUCGGCCACUUCAACUGGCGGACUUUUAUCGGAGGUUUCAUUGUUACCAAAAUGGUUGUUUAUGACAGGUUGUGAUUCGUGUUUUCUGAAUCAUUGUAGCGAAGUGUUGUUAUGGCAAGAUCACCACCAUACCUACACCAUCGCAAACUUCGUUAUAUCAAGUUUAUCAGUUUCCAACACGACCGGAUACUUUGUUAAAGCACGUUUACCGCUGGAUAUAUUGCUUAUAUAAGUUUAAAAAUUGCCUAGAUCACCGGUACUUCGUUAUAGCAAGUUUUAAAAUCUCCUACACAAACGGAUACUUCGUUAUAGCAAGUUUAAAAAUGUCCUACAUCAACGGAUACUUCGUUACAGCUAUAGUUUAAUAGUUGCUUAAAUCGGAUAAUUUGUGUAGUAAAUUUACCAAUUGUCUACACAACCGGACAAUUCGUUAUAGCAAAUUCAGAAAUUACCUGCACCGACAAACACUUCGUUAUUGCAAGUUUUAAAAUCUCCUACACCAACGGAUACUUCGUUAUAGCAAUUUUAACAGUUGCUUACAUCGGAUAAUUUGUGUAGUAAGUUUAACAAUUGUCUACACUACCAGACAUUUCGUUAUAGCAAAUUCAGCUAUUGCCUACACCGACAAACACUUUAUAAUUGGAAGUUUAUCAAUUUCCUACACGGAAAACACUUCCUUAUUAGAAGUUUAUCAAUUUCCUACACGGCCAGAGGCUUUAUUAUAGGACGUUUACUCUCGUUUAUCCACUUCCUAUACGACUGAGUACAGUUAUUGUAAAUUUAACACCGUGUGCUUUAUUAUAGCACGUGCAAUUGUUUGUCGAACCGGAUAUUCCGUUAUAACCAUUGAAAAAAUUGUCCGCACGGCCGGAUUCUUGGCUAUAGCAAGUUUAACAAUCGCCGGCACAACCGGAUACUCUAAACACAUCAUUCCAGAUUUAUAUACGUUCAACUUUGACUAGCUGUUUUCUGGCUUUGUAAAGUUUUAUACAUACGUAAAUAUGAUUUUAUUUUGAUGCCAGGUAGACUGCAUAUAGAAUAUAAAUUUAUGUCGGUAUAAUAAAUUUCAAUCUUAUUAAAACGCAGAUCCUAUUUCGUUUCGUUUUUUAUAGUUCAAAAUUUCGUUUUCCUUGUCUUUACUACACUAGGAUCUGGAAGAAUUGUUAUAUAACCGGCGUUUUGAUCUGUUACGGCGACAUCUUGACAUGCGAUGCACGGAACUUAUGUGGGUAAACCACUAGAAACAUCAGCUGACGCGACCUUUCACUACAACCGGUCAGAUCUUCAUGUAGUGUAGGCCAUCAAUAGUAUAAAAAACGAAACGAAAUAUAGAUCUGUAUUUUAACCAGAUUAGCUAUAUAUUUUAAUGAGGCUGACACUCGAAACUCAUAAGAAGCUUUAUUUGUAUUUUUUCAAGAAGAAGGGUAAUCAGAAUUUGUGCAUAUUCAUAUUUUGUUUAAUAUCAAUGUUUGAAAGUGUGAGAUCAAUGUCCCAAUCUGCAUGCCUUUAUUUAAAGUGGGGUUUGGAUGGCACAAUGGUUAACGCGUGUGCGUUGUAUCAUAAGGUUUGUCAUUGAGUCAACUGGUGUGGUUUCGAUUCCCCGGUCGUACGUGACAAGGAGUAAGGUCGCCUUUCCAACCUCGUGGGUUUUCCCCGUUUCCUCCGGUUUUCUCUCACUGCUAAUGACCCCUACGCGCAAGCGAAUUAUUAAAAUAAAAUUGAACCAUGUAUAAGUCCCGAAAUUACCUACUUUGUGUCGGGUGGACGUUAAACGAUGGGUCUGUCUGGCAAUUUAUGUUAACAGUAGACGUCAAAAUCACCAACAAUCAACAGCGCAUAGGCUAUUAUUGUUAAGAGAAUGGAGAUCGGAAUAUUCGUCAAUAAGAGUUUGUGAUCCUAUCUCUUCCAAUAGCCUAUAUAGGUAUAUAAAGUAAAGAUCUAUAAUAGGAUCUAUUCUAGUAUAACUGUAGCAGGUGCGCGGAUUAGUUUGUUGAACUAUUGAUGAUUAUAAACUGCCUCCAGUACAUUGUGACCUCCAUAACAGCCAUUUGAUGACGUAGUCUUAUCAUGACGUUUCUAAAUUAAGCUUAAGAAGACAACGAAGCAAUUGUCUGUCUGGCAGUUUAUUUUAGGUAUAUUCUAUUGUUGAACGUAAUAAUUAUACAAUAUUGGCGGAAGCAAAUGAAAUGAAAUGGGGUUUAAUGCCAUGCAUUGUAGUGUUAUGGAAGAAAAUAUACGCGGCCUGUCAAGGGUCUGAUUUCGUUCAAUUACUCACGCACCAAUUGAUAGGCACUUUAACUUUCUAGGUCAACAGCAGGAUCGAUCCAGGGACCUCCUCGCUCCCUGAGACAGAGUGACCGACACGAAUAAAAUUCAAUCCUCUUAAUACAGCAUAGUACCCAAAGUAAGAGCAUCCUAAUAUAGCAUAAUACCCAAAGUUCGAUCUUCAUAAUAUAUCGAAGUACCCAAAGUUAGCUCAUCCUAAUAUAGCAUAAUCCUCAAAGUUAGCUAAUCCUAAUCCUAAAGUAAGAUCUUUUCUGGGUCCUCCUGUUCCCCCUUACAGCUAAAGGCCCAUACGCAAAAGAUAAUUAUUGAAAUAAAAAAGUAAAUUAUUUAAUUAUUUGUUAGUUCAAGUGUCGACUGGACGUUAAACUCUCUCUCUCUCUCUCUCUCUCUCUUUCUCUCUGGCUUCAUAUGUAAAUAUGUACAAAUAUCUGCCUUCGUUUCUUUUUUUACUAAUGACGCAUUUAACUCGAUAUUCAGACGUGUGUUUAUUUAAAUAACAAAUUGAAGUUGAAGUUUGAAAUUAUUUAAUUUGAUAAAAUCUUACAAUAACAUUUUCCUGUCUGCUUCGACUGUUAGAUUUUCCAUUUCUCGGCAUUAAGAAGAAACCGUAUAAAGGUUACAAUGGCCAGGAAUAAUCAUAUGACAAAAACAAUUCGUAUAAUUGUCGAUGAUAAUCACUUUAACAGCCAUCUUAUUUUAUGAAUUUACAUGUCUCCUUGAAACGACUUUCUCUGGUUCAACAAACUUCUUCAAACAACUAGAAUAUAAAUUCGGUUAAUGACUAAUGGUGCUAUUGAAUACGGGCAUACGCUUUAUAGCUUGCUUAGAAGGAAAUAUUGCCCUGACAGCAUCUUUACGGCUUGCUUAUGGAGUCACGGUGGCUAAGUGGGUAAGACACUGGCUCGCUAGCCUGGUGGUCGGCUGUUCGAUCCCUGCAUUGGUCGAGAAAGUUCAUCUUGAUUUUCCGGCGUGGUUUCCCCUUGUCAGUGGUAUAGGACGGAGGACCGGACAAGGACAGCUGUCUAGUCGUUCAGAUGGGACGAAAGUCCGAGGUCCUGUAUAUACAUUGGCGUACACGUAAAAUAUACCUUGGCAGUUGGAACUUGAUAGAAGAGUAGACCAUAGUGCCGCUGCCAGGGCAAAAUUUCCCGGAUAGUACACUGUAUGGCGUAUGUCAGUCUUCAUUAGCCCAGUCAGAGCAGAACAGUACGACGUUAAACCCCAUUUCAUUUCAUUUCACUACGGCUUGCUUUUCUAGUACAUGUUUUUAGCGGAUUUUUAGCAUCCUGCCAUUUGUAUAAUAGGAUCCGUGGUUUUUUUGUCGUCAUUUUGUUUCUGACUUUGCUCAAUUUUUAAAUUCUUGUAUAAUUACUGACGUGUUUGUAUAAAUUACAAAUUGUUUCAUUUCUAACCAAUAAAUUUGAAUUCUAGAUAACACGCUCAAACUUUAAUUUAUUAUACAUAUGUAUUCUUGAUCACUGGCUCAAAUAUAAUUUUAUUACAAAUGUAUUCUUGAUCACUCGCUCAAAUAUAAUUUUAUUACAAAUGUAUCCUUGAUAAUUCGAGCAAAUAAUUGUAAUUUUAUUCUAAUUUUAAUGGGUUCUGAGGAUCGCAUGAAUAAACACUCAAUUGUACUCUAGAAAUAUGUGUUUAUUCAACCUCUAACUCAAUAAUUUCCAUAAUAUUCGACAUUAAAAACACGAAUUAAAAUUCCAUAUUGAUCCACUUCAGUCUAUAUUGAUGUUGUAAACGUGCCAUUAAAAUAUGGGAUCCUAAUAUUAAAAAUUCAAGAGAAGGAGAGAAGGAGAGAGAGAGAGAGAUAGAGAGAGAGAGAGAGAGAGAGAGAUGGGGUUUACUGUCCACUCGACACAAACUAGGACAUUUCGGGACUAACACAUGGUUCAAUUUAUUUCAAUAAUUCGCUUGCGCGUAGGGUCUUUAGCAGUGGGAGGAAACCGAAAGACCCGGAGAAAACCCACGAGGUUGGACAGGCGACCCUACUCCUUGUCACGUACAACCGGGGAAGUUCGCACGUCCUAACCAUUCAGCCACCCAACCCCCCUAUAUAUUUAAGACGUAAUGGACAUUUUAUAAUAAGUACAUGAAUCGUUUACUCUGUGGGUCUGGGAACCAUUUGAAAUCACACCCUACACGCAAAUGCAGAAAUGUUUACUAAUGACUAAUUUACAACGGACAAAAUAAUAUUUUAAAAAACCAAGAAUGCCUAAACGACCGUCAUUUAAUUUGAACUGUUCACGUAUUCACCGAACAUGAUUCAUUAGAAAAUACAUUGUAAAACUUGGUUAUAAAUCACUUUAAAUCUAUACUAAUAUUUGUGACUGUCGUUUGUCUGUCUGUUUGUCUGUCUGUUCGGGGUUGGUGGCUACACUAGGUCUGCCCCGAGUCUGAAAUUUGGGGAAUAGGGGUAGCUCGGACCGGGGAGUAACAUAGGCCAGGUGGCGUUAGUCUACCACUUCCGGUUUCGGGGUUAUGACACCCGAGCGAAGCCGGGCAUUCUUCUAGUGCAUUCAUAUUACAUUAAUAUGGGUUGUUAUACCCUUUUUCAUCUAUUUUAAGGUUCCAAAGGGUCUGUCAUUGUGGCUUGGUUUCGAUACCACACCUGUUCGUAACAAGGAGUAGGAUCGCCUAACCAAACUCGUGGAGUGGUUUUUCUUCAGGUCCUCGGGUUUCUGCCCACUGGUCACCAGUGAAUAAAUUAAAAUAUAAAAUUCAACCAUAUGUCAGUCCUGAAAUACGUGUCGAGAGUACGUUAAUAAACUCCAUUUCUCUUUCUCCGUCUCUCUGUGAUCACGUGGAUGAAUUAAAUUCCAAUUGUUUACUGUGUGUACGUCGUAAUAUUUGAA